AUGGGAGUGUCCUUCCCCAUCAGUCUCUGUAAAUUACAGAAACUUGGGAAUCAUGGACUUGAGCAGCAAUUACGGGGUUCAGUUCCAAAUUGCUUAGGCAAUGUCACGUCCCCACGAGAGAUUUAUCUAGAUUCCAAUGCAUUGUCUUCCAAUAUACCUACAAGCUCGUGGAAACUGAAAGAUCUCUUUGUCCUUAACCUUUCCUCAAAUUCCUUGCAUGGUUUUGUACCUCCAGAUAUUGGAAAUCUCAAAGGUACUGCUGUUCUAGAUUUAUCAGUCAAUCAAUUGUCAAAUAAUAUUCCAGAUUCAAUUGGAGAUUUACAAAACUUGUUCAAUCUUUCUUUGGCACAUAAUCAGCUGACAGGACCUAUUCCCGAGUCAGUUGGUAAUGUGUUACGUUUAGAACUUUUAGAUCGAUCUCAUAACAAUCUCUCUGGUUUGAUUCCUAGAGAAAUUUCCAAAAUGACGAUGAAUUUUAAAAAAUCUCUGCAAAGGGGCUGUUUUGAGUAUAUAAUUCCGUCCAAGGGUCUUCGCAUUCAGAAAAUGCGAAAUCUUGAGCUUGCAUUUGCUGAAUGCGAAGUCACUUUAAAUUUUCAGCCCACAAAAUCCAAAAAAAAAGAAAAAAAGAAAACCAGAUACAAGCUUUCCGGCGACGUUUUGAAGCUUUCCGGCGACAACGUACUUCUAUGGAGACAGAGUGAGUUUUUGCAGCUUUUGGAAACAAAUCUAGAACUUCCUCGGAUGUUUGAAACCUGA